UUCUGCUUGUUGCAAUAAAAAACGCAACAAGUUAAACCUGAAGAGUUCAGGUGAAGAGUUCCAGCUGGAGCCCCCAGGGACCCCCCUCUGGCUGUCACUGACCUGUUUCUCAUGGACCAGAACUCUGAGUCCGCCUCUGAAGGUUUACUUCACAGAAUUGUGCAGAGAGCGUUAUCUGUGACUGGACUUCCCAGUCUGGCCAGUAGCGUUUGGAGCUACGUGGAUAAUACUAUAAGGUGGUGCUGGAUCCCUGACUGGCUGCCAUCAUGGUGUCCCACCUCUCAGAGCCAGCUGGAGGCUGCAGAGAACAGGAUGCUGAGCUGUAUCAGAACUGCAUUUACCAAGGAGUUUGUCCCCGUCUCCUGUGGCAACAUGCUGUGGACGCUGGCUUUUUGCAGUGACGGUGUUAAGGAUAAAACCCCCAUAGUCCUGCUGCAUGGGUUUGGAGGUGGCGUGGGUCUGUGGGCUCAGAACGUGGAAGCUCUCUCACAGGACCGGCCGGUCUAUGCUCUGGACCUGCUGGGCUUUGGCCAGAGCACAAGGCCUGUCUUCUCCACAGACCCUCUGGAAGCAGAAGUUCAGUUUGUGGAGUCUAUUGAACAGUGGAGGGCCAAAGUGGGUGUGGAGUCCAUGAUAAUCCUGGGUCACAACCUGGGAGGAUUCCUGGCUGUGUCUUAUGCUAUUAAAUAUCCAGCCAGGGUGAAACACCUGGUACUGGUGGAGCCGUGGGGUUUUCCUGAGGUUCAGGAGAUGGUGGAAGCAGACCGCCCCAUUCCGGUGUGGAUCAAAGCCCUCGGAGUGAUGUUCAGUCCCUUCAACCCGCUAGCCGGCCUGAGGCUGGUCGGACCCCUCGGUCCUACUCUAGUUCAGACACUGAGACCCGACUUCAAGAAGAAGUUCUCCGCCAUGUUCUCAGACAACACUGUGUCAGAGUACAUCUACCACCUGAAUGUCCAGUCUCCCAGCGGAGAGACUGCUUUUAAGAGCAUGACGGGUUCGUGCGGCUGGGCUAAGAGGCCCAUGCUGCAGAGGUUAGACCAGCUGCAUCCUGACAUCCCCAUCUCCAUCAUCUACGGCUCACGCUCCAGCAUAGACAGCACCUCAGCCGCCUCCAUCAAAGAGAUGAGAACAAACUCUCACGUGGAGAUCAUUACCAUGCGUGGAGCUGGACACUACGUUUUUGCCGACCAGCCCGAUGAUUUCAAUAACAAAGUCUUGCAGGUGUGUAAAAAAGUGGACUGAGAACAGGGACGGUCUGGAUGUCAAUCUGUGGAGCAAAAGGAGAGCGUGACUCACUAACAUCACGUUCUGAUCUGCUGUGGGAUCUCCUUAAGAAAAAAGGAACGAGUGUUUUAGAGAGGAAAAAAGGAGCAUGACUCGGAUAUGAGGACAUGAUUCUGAUCAUCAGACCAGUGAUUCAGUGGUAUUCUUAGAAUCCCGAAAAAAUCCAGCUGAUGCCAUUCAUCUGAUCGGUGCUAUUUAGCAGCAUUCCCAGUAUCACCAAUAAUCCCAUUAGACCUGAACUGGGUGGUUCAUUUGAAUUACUUGUGAGCGCCACACUAUACAUUCUGGGUCGGAGAGCAGGAGGAUGGGUUCCAAACAUCCAUCUGACUGGAGUGUACAUCUUCACACUCAAUCUUCUAAAAUAUUAUAAGAAUUGGAAAAUUACUCCAUUUUAUUUUAUUUUUGUUCUAACCCAGCAUUUAUUCAUAAAUUCUGCCUGUGGGAUGUUGAGUGGAGAAGUUACUUCCACUACAACAUUGUUUUUGUUCUCAGCUUUAGUUUGUUUCUGCCACAAUCACAUGUUCACUCCAGCUCUGACUGAUGUUUCUGUGCUGAGCCUUGGCAGUGGCCUCUUCUUCCUCUUCUGAUCCAGAAUUAAGCUGUGAGGAUCUACUGGGAAGCUGGAGUUCCUGGAGCAAAGGUUUUCUAUAAUACAAAGAUUCUCAAGUUAAGCUGAAAUGUUUUAAUCUGUUCAGAAUGAACAGAAUCACGCUGAUAAAACAUUAGAAAAAGUGGAAAACUGUUAAAAUUUUUUGUUAGUAGAACCACAAAUAUUUGAUGAAAUGGGUGUUUUCUAAAAACGCAUCUCAUUUAUGUUUUUCUGAGAGUAUAGUAAAUAUUGGAUUUUUAUGUUUGUAAUGAUCUAUUUUAAAAGUGCAACGUACUUGUGUUCUUCCUGCUGUUUCAUUGCAGCCUAAUUAACAUUAAAAAGCAGUUUUCAGAG